AGUGUGGGUGGAACUAGCUGUCUUGCUGACUACUGGUCGUCCUAGCACCUUAUAACUCAGAUUGACGUCCAACAAACUGCGUCUGCCGGUGACAGACAUGGUACGAAGUGAACACCGUUUGUGUACUAGCUGAAACUGGACUGUAAAACAACGGCGGGGAACGAAACUACUGAAAAAUACCACAAUUCGAAAGGAUCUGCUUUAUUUGGCUGUUAAAGCGAAUUGUCUCGCCUCGUAUGUCUUGAUUGGACAGUAGAACUGUUGUUGCUUAUGCAGCUAACUAGCUAUGCAGUAAGCAAGCUAGACGAGACGCUCAAAAAGUGGUAAAGUGGUUCUUACCAUUCCUUUGCAUUUCAGACUUUUUAUGAAUAACCGAAGGCCUAUGUGAUCGUUGUAUUUGUCUCAACUUUUCUUACUUUUGCUUGCAAUAUGGCAGAAGCAUCGCAGCAACAAUUAGUGGAGAUCGACCCGGAUUUCGAGCCGCUUUCACGGCCCCGUUCAUGUACCUGGCCCCUUCCUCGUCCAGAAUUUUGUGACCCCGCUAACUCUAACACAUCCUCACCGGCUCCCUCUGUGAAGCAGGAACCGGGGACAAAUGUCGAUUUCAUCAAUAAUCUGAGUUUGUUAGAAGAGAACGAAGACUAUCGGGAACAGAAAACUCUCGUCUUGUGCAAUGAUUUCCAGUGCAGGGAGAAUUGCAUCCACCAACAGACACAACACCAGCAGCGGCAACAACAGCUCCCGAGCCCCCAGAUCCCGCACCAGCAACAGGUGGCACCGCUGUCUUCUCCCAUUGGCACAACUUCCUCGGUCGCCGCCACCGCAGCUCAGAGAAAGAGCAGCUCAUCUCGUCGGAAUGCCUGGGGAAAUAUGUCCUAUGCUGAUCUCAUUACCAAGGCGAUAGAGAGCUCUCCGGAGAAGCGGCUGACAUUGUCUCAGAUCUACGACUGGAUGGUGAAGAGCGUCCCGUACUUUAAGGACAAGGGUGACAGCAACAGCUCUGCUGGUUGGAAGAAUUCCAUCCGACACAACCUGUCCCUGCACAGCCGGUUUGUCCGGGUACAGAACGAGGGCACGGGGAAGAGCUCCUGGUGGAUGCUCAACCCAGAGGGGGGUAAGAGCGGGAAGUCCCCCCGGCGUCGUGCCGCCUCCAUGGACAACAACAGCAAGUUCGCUAAAAGCCGAGGGAGGGCAGCCAAGAAGAAGGUGUCUCUCCAGGGUGGGGUGGAUGGUGGAGCAGACAGCCCUGGCUCCCAGUACUCCAAGUGGCCUGGCAGCCCCAACUCCCACAGCAACGACGACUUUGAUGCCUGGACCAGUUUCCGGCCGCGCACCAGCUCUAACGCCAGCACCCUGAGCGGCCGGCUCUCACCCUUCAUGCCCGAGCAGGAUGACCUGGGCGACCCUGACGUGCACCUGGUCUACCCAGGUGGGUCAGCGGGCAAAAUGGCCGCCACCCUGCCCAGCCUCUCAGAGGUUGCCGGUUCGCUGGGCCGACACGGCUCGGAGAAUGCCAUGGAGAACCUUCUGGACAACCUCAACCUCCUCUCGCCCAACAAUGCCCAGGUUGGGGCGGGGGGUGGCGCCAGCAGUGGCUCCGCCCAGUCCUCUCCCUCCUCUAUGAUGCAGGCCAGCCCGGGGUAUUCACCCUACAGCUCUCCCAAUAUGGUCUCCCAACAGCCCCCACAACAGGACUACCGAAAAUGUCUGUACGGGCAGGUGAACGCCAUGUCUCCCAUCCCCAUGCAAGCCCUGUCUGAGAGCAAAUCUGGAUUUGGCUCCUACCUGGGCCCAUACAGCUGCCCCGCGGGCCUCCUGAAGGAGCUCCUGACCACGGACGGUGACCCCGGUGCUGAACUCAUGCCUCCAGUGGAGACGGUUGCUCCUCAGUCCAGUGGGGGGCGCAUGAUGCCCGCCUACAGCUCCCAGCAGGCCCAGCUGACACACGGGGUCAAGAUGAUGAGUCAGCGCCCCCACCAGCAUCCUCACAUGCUCCCAGGCCAAGCCCCGCCCAGCACCGCCAGUGUGAAUGGCCACACGCUCCUCUCCCUGGGGGGCAUGACCCACGCGGGAGUCCCCCCCCGCCUGGCCUCUGCCACCAAGUCCCACCUGCACCUCCCACCCCACGCCCACCAGGCCCACCUAGCCGCCCCACCUGGAUACCGCGCCCUCCACAGCAACGGGUACGGCCGUCCCUCCGGCCUUCCCCAGCACCACCGCCCGCACCCCCACCCACACCACCACUCCCACCCGCUGCAUCUCGACAGGCUGCCUAGCGACCUGGACGGCAUGUCCAUCGAGCGCUUGGAGUGCGAUGUGGAGUCGGUCCUGCAUGAUGCGCUCAUGGAUGGCGACUCCCUGGACUUCAACUUUGACCCCUCUGUGUCGAAGCACAGCUGGGUCUCAGGGUAGAGGGCCCCACGACAACACACAGCAGGCAAGGUUAUAUCUAUAAAACAAAACACCUCACACUGAGCUGGGCUUUCAUCAGGAAAAUGGAAAAAAGCAAUCCAAAGAAGCCAUUCACCUCCUCCACCUUGAGUCAUGAUUUCUUUAAACAGAAGGAUCUUGUCAGAUUUGGCAGUGUGUGGACAUUUCCUGAUCAGGAUAUGCUGUGCAUUGUGUUCAGGUUAUGUGCUGCUUUAGAUUUUUUUUAAACAUCUACUGCCUUUGGAACUCUCAUUGUAAACAAGUGCCAAACAAGUGCAUGACUCUCAUAGCUGAGUUUAUUUACAUGGUCUUUAGGAUAUCAGUAAUACAUGCUCUUUCUACAAAAAGUGCCUACAUAACCUUUGGUUUUGAACUGCAGCAGCAUUGGACACACACAUGGAACACACAAAACACAGGCACAUGUGUGCUCGAAAUAAAUUUGAAGGAAACUAGGACCUGCCGUUCCACUUUUCUCAUGUGUGUUUUGUUUAAAUCCUUUGAGUCAACACGAGUGAUGUCCUUCGGCAAUGAGUCAAAUGUCAUAAUCUACCAGCGCAGUACAAAUAAAAUACCGCUCUGUGUGAAAAUAAUCUUCUCUGCCGUCUUUGGCUGAGCUGCUGGGAAAGUCAACUAGCACGUAUGUUUAGGCUAUGGUGGCAUGUACAGUAAAUACUACAGUCUGGACAGGGUCAGGCAAAGCAGGAUGUGGAAGAUGUGAGUGAGUCUGCUCGUCAACAUUUCACAUCUAUCAUAACGCAUUUUGGUAUAUAUUUCAUUAUUUUAAAAAUGUCUGUAUUAUUAGAAAUACUACUUUGUGUAGUAUAUGGUUCUUGUACAACAAGUUUAUGGAACUGUGAGAAGAAAGUCAGGACAGAAAAUUGGCAAUUUAUUAUUAUAUGAGAACAGGGAAAAAAAAGAUUGAAAAAAGCUACAUUUCAAUUUUGUAAUGAGGGCUGUUAGCAAGUUUGAUAUUUACUGUACUUGUACAUAGCUGAAACGUAUGUAUUAAACAUAGACAUACAUGUGUUUCUCUGUUCAACUGCACGUGUGUCAGGUGCUUAUUAUAUACAUUUUUAUGUGUAUUUUUCUUUCUCCUCAAAUUUGUGUUUCAACCUCGUAUUCUAUGGUGUUAUUGUUUCCUGCAUUGAAGGCAGUGUUUGCUCUGAAUAGCACAGAUUGGGGCACAUGGGGGGUGGGGUUGAGACCCGUUGGCUGUUUUGGCUCUCCACAGCAGCACUUCUCAUCAUCCUUGGUCCUGGAGUUCCGCUCUAUUUUCCAGUUUACAUUCCUAGCUUAUCUCUGAAGUAUAAAAAAAAGCCUAAUUGUUAUGAAUUAGAGACAUCUAAUGUACAAUGAUAAAAAUAUAUAAUUAUAUAUGAUUAUGGAACUUACAUUUUUGCAGCAACGUUAAUUGAUCAAGAGAGUGGAUGAAAACCAUCAUACACAAGGUACUCCAAGAUCAGGUAUGAUGCACGUUCAACAAGGCAAACAUUUGCGUCACCAAAUUCAUAGCUUUUCAGACCAUUUGUUUGCGGGGAACACAAAAGUAUGUAAUUAUUUCGGUGUAAACUGGCAUUAGCUAAGCUAACAUUCACCUUGUUGAGUGUACAUCAAGACAACAGCUUUUUAGCUAAGGAUUUUAGAAAGGAUAACAGCUGUUACUAAUACCUGCCAGUCCUGUUGGGUGCAUAUUUAGUCUGUGAUUUCCCAACUUCUUUGCAGUGCCACUACAGACAGCCAUAGAGAAAAGGAAAAGGGAUGCUUCUCUGAGCUGAUGAAGCCCAGAGGCCAGCUGCCUCGCCCACUCUGUCAGUGUCAGUUCCCUGUGUCCCCCAUGUCUGUUUUUACCUCUCCCUUCCUCCUUCCUUCCCAUGCUCUGUCACUCCUUCUUCCUUCUUUCUCUCCCUCUCUCUCCAUUUCUUGCUGGCCAUCAUGGUGCACUGUGCAUUAGGAUGUUGGGAGAGAUGCGCUAAUGUGAGGAUAUAUGCAGAAAAUGGAUGCUGGAGUUCAAGUCAGUGUGUUUGAUAGAUUUUUUCUCUGCCUGUUGAUUACUGGACAGUGUUACCAAAUUUACAAGGUGCAUUUACAUUGCAUGUACACUGUUUUUUUUAACCUUUAAAAAUAACUCUGACUCAGUAUAUGUUGACUGGAAUUUAUAUGUACGCUAUGCUCUGUACAUACGGAUUAAUGCCUAGAUGUCCUGUGUGUGUGUGUGUGUGUGUGUGUGUGCAUAUAUGCUGUAUAUACACACACAUUAUUACAUAGACACAGACAGACCAUUACCAUAAACUCUUUGAUGGGAUUAAUUUAAGUUGAUUAUGUUUUUUAUGUGAAGUAAAAGUUUACAGUUUACAACAAUAUUAUUUGACAUUAUUCAUGAAAAGCAUACCUGAUCUUACAAUUAUGCCAUUUGAUAGUCCCUUUUUAUACGUGGGGAAUGCCACUUUUUAAAAUGCCAGCGUACAGUAUAAUAUGUUGUAUGUUAAUGUUACGAGGAAAUUUACAGUUUUAUAGGUAAAAUUGUUAGGUGGUUCCAAACUGCAGCGUUCAUUCAUUUCAAAGUGUCAUCUUACACUUUAUGGGUCCUUUACAAAUAUACAAUUAUAUAUAUAUGUGUAUAUAUAUAUAUAUAUAUAUAUAUAUAUAUAUAUAUAUAUAUAUGUAUAUAUAUACACAUACCGUAUAUUAUUGUUGUGUUUUUCUGUGAAUUGUGAAUCUCACCUAUGCAUUCUCAUACCCUUUUUUGUCAUGUUUUGUUUUUAUUGAUGAUGGAAAAAAUCUUGUAAUAUACAGUUGUUGAGUUUUAUGUCCCAGAUGUAUUUGUUUGAAAUAGUUGUAUAAGUUAAAAAUGAAGUAUAUAGAUAUUAGGUGAUGCAAUGAUUUAAGUGCUCUGCUUUUUUGGUAAACCGACACUGUUAUUCUUGUAUUUAGCUGCAGUUUAUAAAAAUGUUUUUAAAAGUAGAAAAAGCGAAUAUGAUGCUUCAAGUCAUUAACAAAAUGUAUGUUUAUUGGACAGUCUUUAUGUAGACAUUGAAUCAAUGGACCAAUUUUAAACACGAUGAUGAAAUUGCACUUCUUAAUCUCUAAAGAUUUUAUUACCAGGGCAAAAUCUUGUGAACAGAGUAUGAGAGUAAUAUGUUGCUUAUUCUAUUAAAAACCUGUUACAUGUUCAGUAAAUAAUCCGAUUUGUAUCAUGUGAUUUAUAAUCGAGAAUAGCAACUGCAGUCAUGUUGAUUUUGAAUGACAAAAAAAAGAAUUAAAAUAUUAGAAUAAAUAAUAUAAAUUGCAUAGACACAUACCAGCUGCCUUUUGGAAGGCACUAAGCAACAGACUUAUGAAUGAUCACUGCCUUACAGCAUGACCCAGAGAAACCCUUUUUAGUUAUAUAUAUUUUAUUAUAUUCUUGUUAUAUUAAUACCCUUAUAUUAACUCUCUCUUAAACUGCUCACUGAGGUUCAAGUGCCUAACAUUAUAUUCUGUUGUAAUACAAAAAUUAACCGCUCAGAAAGGAAAAUGUGUGCAACAACAGUCUUUAACAAUUGCUGUAUGAAGCCAUAAUUGUACAUAAAUUAUGUUACCUAAAAGAUUACAA